UAAAGAAAGGUGGCACUCUUACCUCCCAUGUUAAAAGAAAAUCCCAUACUUUGUCUCUCUUCUUCACCACCACCACCACCUUGGCUCUGAAAUCUGAAUUGUAUAUGAGGUGGAGGGUGGCGUUAUUCUUACAACAUUAAAAACAUGAUUGGGAGAAGGGUUUUGAAGGGAUAAUUAGAAGAUAGAAGAGAGUGUGAUGGGUAGGGUGGUUUUCAGAGCGGUUUUGUUGGUGGGAUUUUGCUGGUUUUUGUUGUUUGUGGUUUUGAAAACCGAUGAACUUCCAUCUAAUCCAAGUUUUGGUGGUUUUAAGUCAAGUUAUAAAGCAAGGAGAGAUCAAGAAGAGGGUUUGGUUUACGUGAGCAAGAGAAGAGUGCCCAAUGGACCUGAUCCUAUCCACAACAGGAGAACGAGAAACACAAGACAGCCUCCUGAUCGAGCCUAGAAAAGCUUAGAAGAAUCGUGUAUAUGGGUUAUGUUUGAUAAUGGAGCUAGGUGAUGCAUGUUCAUUCUUGAAAGAAAGAAAGAAAGAAAAAGAAAGAAAAAAGGGUGAAGCUUUUUUAAGGUAUUUGAUGGGUGUGUGUUUCUUUUCUGUAAACUUUGAAUUCAAAGAUUCAUGGAUCGAUUGAGAUGUUUGCUUUUGCAUGAACUUUGAAGAUUUUAAAAAAGAAAAAAGAAAAAAAAAAAAGGAAUGUAUUAAUUAGGAUGAGAUGAGAGGGAUGCAUCAAUGUCGAGGGUCCCUUUUUGCAAACAUAUUUUUGUAGGUGGUAUGGUAUGUAAAGAUGAAUUUAUUUUGCUUUAAUUAGCUUUCAAUUCAAG